GUGGGUUUUACCACUAGUUCGUUGUGACUUGCUACCUCUGUUCUCUCUUCCUUUGCCUCAAAGAAAGGGAAAAAACAAAUUCUACAAAUUUCACUCAAAAACCCAUCGAGAAAGAAACCAGUUCUUGCUCCAAUGGAUUGGAUUCGAGGUGAGUCGCUUGGUUGUGGUAGUUUUUCUUCUGUCAAUUUAGCCAUACCCAGAAAAAACUCCGCUCCAUUAAUGGCUGUGAAAUCUUGCGAUCUUUUUGACUCUGUUUUGCUCGAGAAUGAGAAGGAAGUGUUAUUGCAUCUUGGGAAGUGCGAGAAUGUGAUUCAGUGUCUUGGGAGUGAUCAAAGUGUUGAAAACGGUGAAAAGUUUUAUAAUUUGCUGUUAGAGUAUGCUUCUGGCGGCAGUUUAGCUAAACUUGUAAAGAAUUCCGGCGGUUGUUUACCGGAAUCGGAGAUUAAACGUUUCACAAGAUCGAUACUAAAGGGUCUUCGUGAUAUUCACGCAAAAGGGUUUGUUCACUGCGACAUAAAGCUUCAGAAUUUAUUGUUGUUUGAUAAUGGUGAAGUGAAAAUUGCGGAUUUUGGAUUAGCCACAAAAACAGGGGAAAAAUCGGGGAGAAUGGAAAUUCGAGGAACUCCUCUGUAUAUGUCGCCGGAAUCAGUCAACGAGAAUGAGUAUAAUUCACCAUGUGAUAUUUGGGCUCUUGGGUGUGCUUUGGUUGAGAUGGCGACGGGAAAACCGGCGUGGAAUUGCAAGAAAGAAACCAACGUAGCAGCUUUGUUGAUUCGAAUUGGAUUAGGAGAUGAAUUGCCAGAAAUUCCUCAAGAAUUGUCUAAAGAAGGAAAAGAUUUUCUAUCGAAGUGUUUUAUUAGAGAUCCUAAGUCAAGAUGGACGGCUGAGAUGUUAUUAGAUCAUUCUUUUGUUGCUGAUGACAUUAACAACUGUACUGUUACAUUGAAGAACAGAGAAGAAGAAGAAGAAUCACCGAGAUGUCCUUUUGAAUUUCCAGAAUGGAAUUCAUUUCCAUCUUCUACACCAAAAUCUGAAUUAUGGUCUCAUGGAGAAGCAGAAUCAAGAAUUGAUUGGUCUAAUUUGACCUGUUCAUCUUCGCUGGCGGAUAGAAUCCGGCAACUACAGAGUGAUCAGUGUUGCAAUUGGUCCUUCUCUGAAAGUUGGGUCACUGUUAGGUGAUAAAACAGAGCAGCAGUAAUUUCAGGACAUUUUUUUAAUUCAAUUAUUCAGAUUCCAUUUUUUGUAAUGGGUGAUGAUUUUUUGGAAUUGUAAAUGACUAGGAAACAAUUAGAGGGUAACAAAAUAUCUAGCAGACUAACUUUAGAUGAUUGUACAGUGGAAGAGUGUAUAGAACAUUUUUUAACAGAGUAAAAUAAUUUUCUUUUCCAAGAAAGGUCAUACUUGCAGAA